GGAAUCUGUAUCGCGAAUUUCAACACUGUUAGCUGUAUUUGCAAAUAUGGAUUUAUAGGGGAUGGAAUAACAUGUGUGCCAAAUCCAUGUACUGAUCCUGUGCUGAACAACUGUGACGAUAAUGCAAAAUGUACCCCUGGUUUAGACGAAGCUGUUAAUUGUACUUGCAAAACUGGAUAUGAAGGGAACGGGACAUCAUGUACGGAAGCCGUAGUGGAUCCAUGCGCAGAUCCUGCGCUGAACAACUGUGAUAUUAAUGCAGAAUGUGCGAACACAAACGGAGGUGUUAGUUGCACGUGUUUACCUGGUUACCAAGGAAACGGUACAGAUUGCAAGAUGGCUCCGUGCAACGAGGGCGUUGCUAUCCCCUGGAACGGAGGAUUCCAGUGUUUGUGUCCUCCAAACAAGAAAGGGCUGAACUGCAGCGAAGACGUACCUGAUUCCAACACCAACUGCUCAUGGCCUUCAAAUGAAGACGCAUGCAGCUCGAGCCCAUGCCAUGGCAAGAAGGCCGUAUGUAUUAACACAUUCGGGGGAAAUUUCAAAUGUCUUUGCGAGCCGGGAAAGGAAGGAGAUCGGUGUGACCAAGGUUCCCACUGCUUCCCUUGCUUCAGUGUACGAUGGAGAAACGUAACGUGCUCCGUUUAUGACGACGCUCAAUUCAUGCGAUCGAUGCGCUUAAAGGCCACGGUGGUUGACAGGCAGAUGUCCAGAACAAAGUGUACUGAGGACAAAUGGGGCUUUGAUCAAAACACGGGAGAUAUGUGGGUGGCUCGUGGAUGUAGAGCAAGGUUCUGUGUAGACUUUGAAGCAA